AUGUCGUCCGCAGAAGAGUCACCCGCGCAACAGGCCGCCCGCCUACGCCGCGAACGCCGUGAAGCCAAAAUCAAAGCAGGAGGAAGUGCUCGACUGGACAAAAUCACGAGUUUGAGUGGACGGACGCCUGCUAGCAUGCAAGAUGCCUCGCCUUCACCAUCGCCACAMCCMCGCCCUCAAGCCGUACCUACCCCAAAUCCACCUACACAGCCCUCACCUCAAGCAACCAUCCCAUCAGCAGGAGGAGCUGAGCCCGACGCCGAAACCAUCCGUGCGCAACAAGAAUAUUUAAGAGCCCUCCUACGCGCCAACCCACCCGAACAACAAGCCCAACAACAAAUCGACCAAGACCCCAUGAUGAAGGUCCUGAGCUCCAUGCUCGGUGGCAUCCCCGGCGCCGAGAACACAGCUCCUGGUGCCGGGAUGGCACCCCCCAACCAGGGAGAUUUAGGAAUGAACGAUUUGACCUCGGCUUUGGGCAUUCCGCCGCUGCUGUCCAACAUGAUUUUCGGUGGAGGAGCUUCGCAGCAAACGCCGGAGCAGAAGAACAGAGAGAGGAUACUGAAGCUACUGCAUACAUUGUUCGCGUUGGUUAUCGGUGUUUAUCUGGUUACGCUUGUGGGCUCGGCUGUUACGACCUACGGAGUUAACCCGCCGCCACCAGCAACGGCGCAGAAUCCGUUUGUGAUUUUCAUGACUGUCGAACUGUUGUUGAUUGGGGCCCGUGUGGCUUUCGGGAAGACUCAGCAGGGGACGCUGGCUACCGGGCUGCAUAUUUUCAGAACGCUUGUGAGAGAUGGCAGUAUUGCUAUUUUUGCUCUAGGUGCUGCAUCGUGGUGGAAUGGCGGUUGGCAAGUAGCUGCAAGUCAGUAG